CCCACCCUUGCGCACACAGUCAUACUCAUACACCGCCUCCACUUGAAAACUUUCCAGACUCCACUUUUCCUUUUUUUCCUCCAAUAUAGCAUUAACUUUCCUAUACAAAACGCACGCACACACCACCAUUUUCCCACAGUAAUAAGCAAUUCAUCUGAUAAACACUCUCUCUGUAUCUCUCUCAAAGGGGAAAUAUAAUGGCGAUUGAGAACCAAGAAACCCCUGUUUUUGAAGUCAAGCCUAAAAACAAGAGAAUCAUGGGGGGAGGCGAUGAGGAGGAGAACAGAUGGCCGCCAUGGCUGAAGCCUCUGCUGAAGGAGCAGUUCUUCGUCCAAUGCAAAUUCCACGCGGAUUCUCACAAGAGCGAAUGCAACAUGUACUGUUUGGAUUGUAUGAACGGCGCCCUCUGCUCUCUCUGUUUGUCUCACCACCGCGAUCACCGCGCUAUUCAGAUAAGGAGGUCUUCGUACCACGACGUGAUCAGGGUGAAUGAAAUCCAGAAGUAUUUGGACAUAAGCUGUGUUCAGACAUACAUAAUCAACAGCGCUAAGGUCGUCUUCUUGAACGAGCGCCCUCAGCCCCGCCCCGGCAAAGGCGUCACCAACACCUGCCAAGUUUGCGAUCGCAGCCUCCUCGACUCCUUCCGCUUCUGCUCCCUCGGCUGCAAGAUUGUUGGGACAUCGAAGAACUUCCCAAAGAUUCGGACGGAGAAGAAGAGGGUGACCUCCGAGUCAUCGGAGGACUCGUACAGCAGCAGCAGCAGUAGCCAUAGCCGGAAUACGAGCAGGUUUCCCAGCUUCACGCCAUCAACGCCGCCGCGUACGGCGCUGAAUUUCCGGUCUGCGAAGAGGAGAAAGGGUAUUCCUCAUAGGUCUCCAAUGGGUCUCAUGGUAGAAAUAUAGGGUAACUUAAAGUUAAAACUCUGCUUAACCUUAUGAAGAAGAAGAAGAAGAAAAGAUAGGUGUGUUUGUGAUACUCAAGUAUUAGUAGUUUUCCUACUACAUUGUAAAUAGAAGCAACUAUUGUAUAGAAAUGUGAAAUAUAGACCAGACUAGAAACAAAAAAUAAGACAAUGUGUAAAGUUUAGUGUUGAACUUGAGUUCUAUGAGAAAUAUAUACUCUACUUUGUAUA